CUCCCUGCACUCUGGCUGGUUCUACAUAACUGGAGGGGCUCACAUCGGUCCCUGUCGGGGUCCGUAUCACUAAACCGGUCCCUGGAUGAGACCCAGUCUCCUCUCAGGUCUCUGGUCUGUGGUGGGCGGAGUCAGAGAGAGGAAGCAGAAACAUCAGCCUGUCAGAGAGGAAACCACAAUCACAUCCUGUAAACACCUGACACAUUUAUAGACCUGUAGUUUGAUGGUUUACAUUUAUGUAGACCUGUAGUCCACCUGACAUUAAUAAAGACCAGCCUGUUGGAUCUAAACCGGAUUUCACUUGAACCCGACCCUCCGAGCAGACCCCCCCUCAUCCCCCUCUCACUACCCGGGGACAGGGCGCUUUCGUCGGGCUGAGGAUGGACAAACCUACCGGGGCCCAUGGAUUUUCGGACGGAGGAGGACCGAACAGAAAGCCGUGGAGCUCCCCGACAUCUGGGCCAGCAGCUGGAGAAACACCGGAAAGUCCUUCAGGUUCUCAUGUGGAGUGGUGUAAACAGCUGAUCGCGGCAACGAUCUCCAGUCAGAUCUCUCCAGAACACGGGAACAGAGACAAGGUGGGGAGGAGACCAGACUUCAUGGUUUCCAAGAGGAUCAAUCACCGGCAGGACUCUCUGGAUGAGGGGCUUUGUUACCAUGGAGACAGUGACUCUGAGCAUCCUGUCAAUGCUUCGAGUCUUCCCGCUCUGCGUUAUGGAGCUCAGGGGAGGAUGUUCCAGAACCAGAUCCCUCUACUACCUGGUGAGACCAUUCAGACCACAGUGAAAGAUGUGAUGUACAUCUGCCCAUUCAGUGGCCUGGUCAACGGGACGUUGACCAUCACAGACUAUAAACUUUACUUCAGCAGCACUGAUGUGCACUUUGUUCUGGAUGUAAACCUUGGUGUUAUCAGCAGACAGGAAACCAUUGGUGUCCCAAACCAGGGGGAGAACACCAAGGGCCUGGAGCUGGUCUGUAAGGACAUGAGGAGUCCGAGGUUUGCCUAUAAGACUGAGGAGAAUCAUCCUGAUGUGGUUCAGCUCAUCGCCAAACACGCAUUCCCUCUUUCUCAUAACCUGCCACUGUUCGCCUUCCUUUAUAAAGAACAGUUUCCUGUGGAUGGCUGGAAGGUGUAUGACCCCACGGCCGAGUACAGACGACAGGGUCUCCCUAACGAGAGCUGGACCAUCAGUAAAGUAAACAGCAGCUAUGAGCUCUGUGACACCUAUCCAUCUACCCUGGUCAUCCCCACCAACAUCAGUGACGAGGACGUCCGACGGGUCGCCACCUUCAGGGCCAAACACAGAAUCCCUGUUCUGUCGUGGAUCCAUCCGGAAUCUCAGGCCACCAUUGUGCGCUGCAGCCAGCCGUUAGUCGGUCCAACAGACCGCCGCUGUAAAGAGGACGAACGCUACCUUCAGAUAAUCAUGGACGCCAAUGCUCAGUCACACAAACUCAGCAUCUUUGAUGCCCGCCAGAGCAGUGUGGCGCUCAGCAACAAGGCGAAGGACGGUGGGUUUGAGAGCGAGAGUUUUUACCCAAACGUGGAGCUGAACUUCCUGGAGAUCCCCAACAUCCACGUGAUCCGGGAGUCUCUGAGGAAGGUGAAGGAUGUGGUCUACCCAACCAUCGAUGAGACUCACUGGCACUCCAACAUUGACCAGACCCACUGGCUUGAGUACAUACGGUCAUUGCUGGCGGGGGCAGCAAAGGUUGCAGACAAACUGGAGUCAGGGAAGACAUCAGUGGUGGUUCACUGCAGCGACGGGUGGGACAGGACGGCCCAGCUUACCUCACUGAGCAUGCUCAUGUUGGACAGUUACUACCGCACGUUGAGAGGCUUCCAGGUGCUGCUGGAGAAGGAGUGGAUCAGCUUUGGACACAAGUUUGCUGCUCGUGUUGGUCAUGGCGAUGAGAACCAUGCUAACUCUGAGCGCUCACCGCUCUUUGUCCAGUUUAUCGACUGCGUGUGGCAGAUGACCCGACAGUUCCCAGCAGCCUUUGAGUUUAACGAGCUCUUCUUGAUCACUGUGCUGGAUCACCUCUACAGCUGCCUGUUUGGGACAUUCCUCUACAACAGCGAACAAGAGAGGACGGCCAAGGAGGUCCAGAGCAGCACAAUUUCUCUGUGGUCUUACAUCAACAGCCAACCGGAGGACUUCACUAACCCGUUCUACGUGGACUACCAGAACCACGUCCUGUACCCGCUGGUCUCCUCCAGACACCUGGAGCUGUGGAGCAGUUACUACGCGCGCUGGAACCCCCGCAUGAGGCCGCAGGUCCCGGUCCAUCAGAGUCUGAAAGAGCUGUUGAUCCUGAGGGCGGAGCUACAGAGGAGGGUGGAGGAGCUGCAGAGAGACGCCUCUUCUUCACACUCCCUGUCCUCCUCUGACCACUCCCCCUCCCCCACACACGCCACUGGCACUCCUGUCCACACUGCCGUCUGAUCCACAACACUGCCUGAUCCACACCGCCGUCUGAUCCACAACACUGCCUGAUCCACACCGCCGUCUGAUCCACACCGCCAUCUGAUCCACACCGCCGUCUGAUCCACAACACCGCCUGAUCCACACCGCCGUCUGAUCCACACCGCCGUCUGAUCCACACCGCCGCCUGAUCCACACCGCCGUCUGAUCCACAACGCCGUCUGAUCCACAACGCCGUCCGGCUCUGGCGUUAAUCUGCACUGAAACACAAACCGCCCUAACAGGAGUAAGCAUAGACAUCGUAAACUGUUCUUAGAUGCCUGGUUGAGUGUUUGCCUGCUGCUGCACUCCAUCGUGUUGACUUUUACCAGAGGCUAGACGGCAUCAGAGUCACAGAAGUAUAGAGAGGAGCCGUGGGUUUACUGAAAAAAGCACACAGGUUAACAUAAAAAAGAUUUAGAUUGUUGUUAAGAUUGGUUAGAUAAUCAGUGAAUCAGGUGAGGAUAGACAGAUUAAACCGUCUGUGGUUACUGCGUUCUCCUCAGGGUCAGGUUAAUGUGAUUCAUUUGAUUAAUGUGUUAAUCUGAUAGCCAUACUUGUUACAAGCCUGCUGGUGAGUGCUGAGCUAAGCUAGAGAGUGCUGAGCUAAGCUAGCAAGUGUUGAGCUAAGCUAGAGAGUGUUGAGCUAAGCUAGAGAGUGCUGAGCUAAGCUAGAGAGUGUUGAGCUAAGCUAGAGAGUGUUGAGCUAAGCUAGAGAGUGUUGAGCUAAGCUAGAGAGUGUUGA